ACCAAAAUCAAGAAGCACGGCACUGAGAAGGUCCUUCAUGCGCUUUACAGGAACGUCUUUUGAGCCUCUUCAGUGUCAGCAGCUAUCAGAAGAAAAUGGGAGUAUUUGCCUUGGCAGUCCAGAGUGCCUGGGGAGUGUUUGCAUCGGAAAGGAGGCCUGGCUGGAAGUACCUGACGCAGCUUUUUGCCAUUUGCUCUGCAGUUGGCUUCCUCUUAAGCAUUCUCCUCUUCCUUAGCAUACACAUCUCCCUAGAGCAGCAGUCCAUGGGUCCCUUGCUGCUGUGUGGCCUCGUCUGGGUCUCACUCUCCAUUGCUCUCUGCUUCUCCAAGCACCUGCGGUGCUUCAGCGCCCUAUUCCUUCUCUCCUGUGGGCUGCGGGAGGGAAGGAGUGCUCUCCUUACUGCUGGUACAGGUGUUGUGGUAGCUGGCAACAUCCAAAGCAUUGUCCACAACCUAAAGGUUCUGACAGACAGUAUAACCUGCCAUUUAGAGUAUGAGAAAUUUGACUUGAUAAAAUAUUACAUUGAGGCUGUAAAAUGGAUUUACGAGAAGGCCAAUCUUCCUAACAACCUACUUGCUGUGACAAUAAAGCAUGAGUUUACACCGUCUUACUCAAUUUCAGAUGAUACACUGAAACAAGAACUGAAUGACACAAAACAAGAAAUCCAGAGAGUUGCUAACCAGAUAUCUUUUAUGCUGAAUAUAUUGCCCUGCAUAGGCCAGAAAGUAUUGCCUAUAGUGGGGAUUCUUUUAGUUUGUUUUGGAACUGUGCUUUUUAUCAAACAUUUUGUGGGCUCCCAUAAUGCCAAGUUUAAGAACACUUAUAUCACAAAACGGUUCAUCACAUUUGAUGAGCAUCAAAAGCAACAGCAAAGGCCAUGCGUUCUGCCACUUAACAAAAAGGAAAGAAAGAAUUACGUGACAAUCCCAUCUUUCAGCUUCACAAGGAAGGAGAGAAAACAGAUGCAGCAUUUUUUUCUCCCUGUAGUUAUUCAUCUUUGCAUCUGGCUUCUGUUUGCUGCAGUAGAUUAUUUGUUUUAUUGGCUAAUUAUUUAUGUGAAUAAACAUCUCCAAGAAUUACCAGAUCUGGAAAUUCAUCUCAGACUCUCUCAACAAAAGAAUAGUCUUAACGUUGGCAUGAAUGAGAAUAUUGCAAAGAAUGAUCUUUUGAAGAUCUCUUUGUUUAAGAAUAGCUGCGUCCCUCAGCCAGAACUGCACCUCUCCAUGACAUGGCUCCAGCUUGGAACAAUCACCUUCUUCUUAAUCAUUUUUGGAUUAUCCUCUGGCCUCCUGACGCAACUCAAAAUACUUGUGUCAAAUUCAUUUUAUCCUGACGUGGAGAUGAAACGGAUACAAUACUUACAUUCAAAAUUACUCAAGAAAAGAACAAAGAUACAACAGAAAGCUGUCAAGAAUGUGUUUGCUAGAACGGUCAAUUUUUGGUUCCCAAUACUUAGGGCAAGAGAAACAGUGAGGAAGAAGGACAAGGCUGCAUUAAAUGACAACAUGGUGUGAAUGAGACCAAAUUAAACUUUGGAUAAGACUGCGUAUAUGCUUCUGUUGUCUGAAUGAAUAAAUACUUAAAACUUUCCAGUGGCAAAUGUCAGAAGUUGUUUUCCACCUGAAGAACUGAAAAACAUCAAGUAUGAGGCAAAGAUGACUCUGUCUCUGUGGAAGAUGACCACGUAAGAGAACACUUCAACAAACUGGACAUACUUUAGUCUGUGGGACGUGAUAGGAUGCACCCAUGGGUGCUGACGGAGCUGGCUGUGCCAUUGUGAGGCCAUUCCCAAUUGUCUUUCCAAGGUCAUGGAUUCUGGGAGAGAUUCCUGAGCACUGGAAGAAAAUAAAUAUCACUUCAGUCUUCAAGAAGGGCGGGAAGGAGGACCUGUGAAAUAACUGGUUGUUCAGCCCGACCUCAGACCCGUGGAAAGUGAAGGACCCUGGAAUCCAUUUCCAAAGAUAAAGGUCAGGAAGGUAACUGGGACAUCGCCUGAGCAUAAUAAAAACUUUUUUGAGAGUG